AUGUACUCGCUUAAGAAGAUCACGGGCGCUCUCGAUCACCGAUUUGUGCUCUCGGCCGUCGGCGGCGACAACCUCGGCGGCUUGCUCGACAACCUCCUCAAAAAGGUCUAUUCGUUCGUCAAGAACAACGCGCUCGAGCUGGUCAAGACUCUCCUUCGGGAGCUGGUCCACUGCGGUGGCCAGUCGAUUGAGUCGCUCGAGGCGUGUGCUAUCCUCGGGCCGACCCCACACUAUGGCAUAGGCGCGCCACACUACACAAUGAACCAUGCGCUCCGAUCACGUGCAAGAAGGAUGUGGCUGGGGAAGAGGCCUGUGUUGCCAAGCUCUUCGCCCGUCAUCGGGCUUGUCGACUUGGUUGCGAGCCAGCGCUCGAUGGCCGACCGCUCAUACGCGUGCCCAUCGGCCGCCAUCACCGGGUCGCUCAUGAUCUCGGUCGUGAUCGGGCAGACGAAGUCGGCUCAGUACGGCGAGUUCGCGCUCUGCACCGCUAUAGAGAAGCAAAAACGCACGUCGUCCGGGUUCUGUCGUGUGUCGAGCGUGCGGGCGGGGAGGGCCCCGAGGGGCGAGGGCGAGGCGCUGAGAGCCUGUGGCGAGAGCUAA